AUGGCCGGUCGCGCUCUUCCUUCGCACCUGAAGCCCUCAGCCGCUGAGGGCGGUGAGGGUGGCUUCGCGCCUCGUCACCACGGCAAGACGCAGUCCCACGUUGCUUUCGAGAACACCUCCACCAAUGUUGCCGCUUCGCAGAUGCGCAACGCUCUCAACAAGCUUGCCGAUGGCGUCACCGACCCCGCGGAGAAGAAGUACUUCGAGACUGAGAUGGACAACUUCUUCGCUCUGUUCCGACGAUACCUGAACGAUAAGGCCAAGGGCAACGCCAUCGACUGGAACCGUAUUGCUCCCCCGAAGAAGGAGCAGGUUGUCGACUACAAUGACCUCGCCAACUCCGAGGCGGUCGAGUACCUCAACAAGCUGGCUGUUGUCAAGCUCAACGGUGGUCUCGGUACCUCCAUGGGUUGCGUUGGCCCCAAGUCGGUUAUUGAGGUCCGCGAUGGCAUGUCUUUCCUCGAUCUGUCUGUCCGUCAGAUCGAGUACCUCAACCGCACGUACGAUGUCAACGUUCCGUUUGUCCUCAUGAACUCGUUCAACACCGACAACGAUACCGCCAGCAUCAUCAAGAAGUACGAGGGCCACAACAUUGACAUCCUUACCUUCAACCAGUCCAAGUACCCCCGUAUCUUGAAGGACUCGCUGCUGCCUGCCCCCAAGACCCGCGACUCUGACAUCGCCAACUGGUACCCCCCGGGCCACGGUGACGUUUUCGAGUCUCUCUACAACACUGGCAUGCUCGACAAGCUCAUUGAGCGUGGCGUCGAGACCAUCUUCCUUUCUAACGCCGAUAACCUGGGUGCUGUCGUCGAUCUCCGCAUUCUCCAGCACAUGGUCGACUCAAAGGCCGAGUACAUCAUGGAGUUGACCGACAAGACCAAGGCCGACGUCAAGGGCGGUACCAUCAUCGACUAUGAGGGCUCUGUCCGUCUUCUUGAAAUCGCCCAGGUGCCCAAGGAGCAUGUCAACGAGUUCAAGUCAAUCAAGAAGUUCAAGUACUUCAACACCAACAACAUCUGGAUGAACGUCAAGGCCUGCAAACGCGUUGUUGAGCAGAACGAACUUGCAAUGGAGAUAAUUCCCAACGGCAAGUCCAUUCCUGCCGACAAGAAGGGCGAGGCCGACAUUUCCGUCCUUCAGUUGGAGACAGCUGUCGGCGCUGCCAUCAAGCACUUCAAGGGCGCCCACGGUGUCAACGUUCCCAGGAAGCGUUUCUUGCCCGUUAAGACCUGCUCCGAUCUCAUGCUGGUCAAGUCCGACCUGUACACCCUCCAGCACGGCCAGCUCGUCAUUGACCCCAACCGCUUCGGCCCCGCUCCCCUCAUCAAGCUCGGUUCCGACUUCAAGAAGGUUUCUAGCUUCCAGAACCGUAUCCCCUCGAUCCCGAAGAUCGUCGAGCUUGACCACCUGACCAUCACUGGACCCGUCAACCUCGGCCGCGGCGUCACACUCAAGGGCACCGUUAUCAUCGUUGCCACAGAAGGCUCGACCAUUGACAUUCCCCCGGGUUCCAUCCUCGAGAACGUUGUCGUCCAGGGUUCCCUGAGACUGCUCGAGCACUAG